UUUGCACGUGUCAAAUAGAGAAAGCUACAGUACUACGUGGAAAACCAAGAAACGCAACCGCUUUAAUUACUUGAGCUUUGGAAAAAUGUUCAUUCACAACAGCAUAUAUAAAUACACAUCCCUCCUUCAUAUAAUAACAGUACUGUCUUAAUUAAUUAGGUCAAAUUUCAACACAUUGUUUCUUUCUAGUUAAUAUGAAUAUGUGUAAUAUAGUGCAGGGUUUGAAGGGUUUGAAGCCAACGUUGUUAAUGAUAUUGGUGAAAAUAGCAUUUGCUUGUGCUAAUGUUCUCUACAAGCUUGCUGUAAAUGAUGGCAUGAACUUAAGGAUUGUUGUUGCCUACCGUUUUAUAUUUGCAACUCUUUUCAUAGCUCCACUUGCUUUCAUUCUUGAAAGGAAGAAGAGGACAAAGUUGACUUGGACCAUACUGUUUCAGUCUUUUCUUUGCGGUUUGUUUGGAGGAUCAUUUGUCCAAAAUUUCUACUUAGAAUCCUUGGCUUUAACUUCAGCAACAUUUGCAUCCGCAAUGGCCAACCUUGUACCAGCUGUAACCUUUAUCAUGGUUGUUUCCUUAGGUAUGGAAAAAUUAAAUCUAAGGACAAAGGCUGGGAAGGCAAAGAUAGUGGGUACAAUAAUUGGAAUUGGUGGAGCAAUGAUAUUAACUUUCAUUAAAGGUGUUGAAAUCAAGAUGGGUUCAUUCCAUUUAAACCUUUUGCAUCACCAAAACGAUGUAGGAUCACAUUCACAUGCUACUACUAUCUCCACUGGUAAUACCAUUUUGGGUUCUCUGUAUGCCAUGGUUAGUGCCAUCUCUUAUGCAUUGUGGCUUAUUAUUCAGGCAAAGAUGAAUGAAAGAUACCCUACUCAUUACUCAAGUACAACGUUGAUGUCUUUUUGGGCGUCACUUCUUUCUACUAUGUUUGCUCUAUGCUUUGAUAGAGAUUUGAGUCAGUGGAGAUUGGGUUGGAAUAUUAGGCUACUAAUUGUUGCUUAUGCGGGUAUAGUGGCUUCAGGAGCAAUGGUUGUUGUAAUUUCAUGGUGUGUUCACAUGAGAGGUCCAUUGUUUGCCUCUGCUUUUAACCCUUUAGUACUUGUCAUUGUGGCCUUAGCUAGUUGUACCAUGUUGAAUGAGAAUCUAUACCUUGGAAGUAUUAUUGGAUCAGUGUUGAUUGUAUGUGGCUUAUAUGCGGUUGUGUGGGGUAAAAGUAAAGAGAUGAAGAAAAAUAAUCAAUUAGUGCCAUCACAAAGCUCCAAUGAAUUUGACACUGUUGAAAUAGUUGUGAGGCAUGUGGUAGAUGAUAAAAGAAACCAUAAUAGUAACAAUGGUCUCAGUAAUACUUCACAAGAGGUUAAGGAUAAUCAAGAUUCACUAGAAGCAGUUCAACAUGAAAAACAAAGUGAAUAUCUACAAAAUCAAGAGGUGUAGCAUGUAAUGCCCUAUAUAUAGUAUUCAAGCAUGUGAAUGAUGUCAAAUGAAGAGUUAGACAUACCUUAACAUCAUUAUAGUCUGAUGUUUACGUAAAAAUAAUACGACAAAUGUUACUAGUUAGUUAUUAUUUAGUUAAUUUUCCUUCAAAAAAAAGUUAUUAUUUAGUUAAUUUUGAAGUGGAAACUUAAAAUAACAAGCAGCUAAUGUGUAACCCUAUUUAAGCUAAUUUGGGACUAUACAUUUUGUGCAAAGUUUUUAAUAAAUUGAAAUAGUGCGAGUGAAUGUAAUAAUGUAAUCCACUUGAAAAGGAAAAAUUAUUAUUCAAAAGAAGUAUGGUGGGCUGAUCGCUUUUGAUUCGAGAUCGAAAGUCAGUUUUUGAUUCAAGUUUGGUUUUGGAGCUUUUUAGUAUUCUUUCGGUGCACCGGAGGUUGCGCGGUGGUGGAAGCUCAAUGAUUUUAAGAAAAGGAGUUCUUCGGAUGUUGCUCAGUGUUGGUGAUGAGGAUUGGGUUCUCUAUUACAAGGGUUUGGUUUUUUUUUUUUUGAACAGUGGCGAUGACCGUUAUGGAUGUCAUUUUUUCAGUGGUAGGCAAGUUCAGGAAUCACUUUUAGGGGAUGAUGUUUAUUUUGGUAAGUGUUGUCCUUAUGGGUGGUGACGUAGGGGUGUCUUUGUUAGUGUUUGUUUUCGGGUGUUCCAACUAUAUGCGGUGUCUUUAAUGUGCACUUUUUGUAACACCGAUCUCUGUUCAUCUUGUGUAGAGACCUAGUUAUUAAUAAAAUUUUGCUGAUUAAAAAA